AUGGUCGACAGAUCUCCUUCUAUCGCUGCAAUCGGCGUCAUCGGCCGCCAUGUACGUUCACAAAGCCGUACCUCAAUGUUUCGGAAUCUAACGUCUGCAUUAGAACAAUCCACUUCACAUCCAACUCUUCCCAGCAACUCAUACCGAUGCACGAGAGCAACCUAGGAACAGACUUGAAUAUGAGCUUCUCCUCAACUCAAGCCUAGAUAUCUUCGAAGCCCGGAUGCCGUCAAAGACCGUCGGCCAUGACUUCGGACUCCUGCACGCUGUGGAUGAACGACUAGCCCUUUACGGCUGGCUACUGAACACAGGCAUAAAACUGGUGAUUGUUGUCGACAUGGAAGGUCGGACUGCGCCAAACGAACAGGCAGCGAAGACGAGCAUACUCGGCUUGAGAGCGAGUGAUCUGACGCCAGUAAGCACUUUCCCGUCCCCAAACGGUCAAAUAAGACCACUGUUGCUGAAACGCGAGAUUCAGGCUUUCCAAGCACUUCAAACUGCCUACAUACACCUUUUGAGGAAUCCUUUCUAUGUCCCGGACGACCAUAACCCUCUAGCGGGCAGGCCAAGGGGAAAUCGAGAGAUAACAAGUGCCCGAUUCCUUAAGGAUGUCGAAAGGAUUGGCAAAAGAUGGUAUCCAGGUGCUAUCAACCUUUGA